UCUGUGUCAUGAUGAGUUGGGAGUUGCCGAGGGUCUCGUAUGGAACAGUAAUAGCACUUUAAGUACUAAACUAAAUGUUGAGGACAUACUUCUGGACGGAAGAUCAUCAGAAUCAGACGAUUCUUAUAUUCAAGCAAUGUUUUAUCGUUUGGGAAUUGCUCUUAGAAAACUAGAUGCAGCGGCAGCAGCUGUGCAGGGAUGGAGCUCCAUACGGAGCUACUGCAACAAGCCUCAUGUUCGGGUGGUGGACCUCCGCACUGAUGUGGUGGCCAAGCCUGGGAUCAGGAUGUGCCAGGCCAUGAUGGAGGCCUGGGACAAAGAUUUCUUGGUGAAAGACGACCCCAAUGCCAGGUUGCCGAUUGGAUCUUGUACAGAGGAUCGUGAGCUACAGCAAAUUGCAGCCGACAUGUUUGGGAUGGAGGCGGCGCUGUUUCUCCCAACAGGAACCAUGGGUAACCUCAUUGCAGCGAUGGUGCACUGCCCGGAGCGGGGCGACGAGAUGAUUGUGGGCGAUUUGUCCCAUUUACACAUCUAUGAACAAGGAGGAAGUGCAAAUCUGGCUGGUGUCCACACCACCACGGUGACCACCCUUCCUGACGGGACAUUUGACUUGGAGGAGGUGGAAUCAAGGAUCCGCCAUUACGCUGGUCUCAGCUUCUGCCGCUCUCGCCUCAUCUGUGUGGAGAACACGCACAACAUACGGGGAGGAAGUGUGCUGCCUCUGACCUUCCUGCAGGAGGUCCGCGCUUUAGCAGAUAGAUAUGGUAUGUCUGUUUACAUGGAUGGCGCCAGGUUGUUUAACGCUGCUGUGGCCCAGGGGGUGACUCUAUCCACCAUACUGCAGCACACACACUCUGUCACUGUGUGCCUCUCCAAGGGUCUGGGGGCCCCUGUGGGUGCCAUACUAGCUGGAUCCCAAGAGUUCAUAGACAGCGCAAAGCGGUGCCAAAGAGCUCUGGGUGGAGCAAUUUGGAAGACUCGUAUGCUACAAGCAGCUGGAAGGGUGGCUUUACUGGAUAAUAUAGGAAGACUGGAGGAGGAUCAUCUCAAUGCAAAAACCUUUGCUCAAGCUAUGGUCGACUGUUACCCUCAUCUAUUCUCUGUGGUGGCCGGGGAGACAAACAUUGUACGUUUUUGUCUAAAGCACAAUGUUUGGAGUCCGGAAAAGUUCUGUUAUCUCUUGCAUGACGUUUGUGAAGAAGAGGAGGCUGUGCUGGGACAAGGAAUUAGAGUUCUCAUGUCACCCUAUUUUGGAAACUCGGUGAGAGCUGUGUGGCACCUCGAUAUAUCACCUGAAGACACACAGCUUGCCUUCCAGAAAGUACAAUUUGUUGUUUCUCAGCAUUUGAAGAAAAAACUUAAGGUCAUGAAAUGAAGUCUAAUGCAUAUGCGUGACAAUUUCUUUGGGAAGUUGCAAUGGUGACUGUACUGUACUGUGCAUGCACAAUCUAGGCUCAUAUUUGUUUUUAUUUAAAAAUGUUUUAGCUGUAUAAUGCCAAUACAACAUUAACCAUACAUACAUGUAGUACCAAUAUAAAAUAAUCAAUAUAGAAAUAUAAUGAUGAUCUAUUUUAAUAAAGACAUUUGUGAUCAAGAAGGGGGUGGAGUGGCUCAGUGGUUAAGACUGGUACCCUGUGACUCCACCCCUGACUGAUUGUACUCAAUUCCAUUGUAAGUCGCUUUGGAUAAAAGCGUCUGCUGAAUGACAUGUAAUGUAAAAACAUAUGGGAGGUGUCCUUGGGCCACACUAGUUUCCUUUACUUUGUGUUUGUCUUUUCAUAUUUUUAUGCUGCUCUAUUUCCUUUGUAAUAGACCCAACAUGAAGAUAUGAGGUGCCUUUUGUAAAGUGGCUCAAGCUGAUUUUUUUUUUGCCAUGCUUCAAACAAUGUUAACACGAAUUGAAACUUUUUCCACUUUUACAUCAAUAUUUGUUAACUUAUUAAAUUAUUAAAUCUAGAUAUUAAAUUUUACACCUAAAUGUUAAAUAUUAAAUGUAUUAAGUGUUUAUUUUGGUACGUCCGGUUACUGACUGUGUGAAUAUUAUUAGCCAACAGGUCAAGGUUCACUUGCUUGCUCAUGACCUGCUAUGAACUGCACAUGUCGUUGCUGUUGUUGUUAUAAUUGUUGUGGUAAGUAAUGAGUUACAGUAGAGUAGAUUUGUUGUGUACAAAAAAGUGUGGACGUAGUGUACUUGGUUACAUUUUACUGAGUAAAAAUGAGGACAGGUGAAUUUGGCGCUAAUUAAGGAGAUUUGUGAUUUGUGUGAAGAAGCAUUUGUGACCUUUGACCCAUUAUGACUGAUAGAUUAUGUGUUUACAUUAUUUAUUUUGUCAGAACUUUAAUUUGUAAUGGUUUGCCUUUAAUUUAAACAAUUCAUGUGA